UGCAACGUCUACAAUAUCAGCUCCUUCAAACAAAAUUGGAAAACCUAAAAAGCAACCUCGCCGCAACCCUUGCCGUAGCCCGAUCUCUGUUGCCGCAACCCUAGCCGUAGCCCGAUUUCUGUUGCCGCAACCUCGCCGGAGCACGAUUUCGCAAACCCUAGCACCGUCGUCUUCUUCAUCUUCACACUUCAACUCAGGAACUUUUGGGAAGACACGUUCACUAACCUUUGCAUCAAAUUUGGUUGAAGUUGUUCAUACUGGUGCGGCGUUGCAUUGCUGGUCAUCUCCCUCCAAUAUCGGGCGCAUUCUUACUGUUGUUGGGCGCAUUCUUACUGCCUAUUUGGUGCAGUGGCUAUUUGUGAGACACUGAGAAAGCUAAAGAAGUUGAUAAUGUAGAGACUAGUGCAAAUAAUAUGAUUUUGAAGAAUUAAUGUGUUUGAAUAAGAAUCACACACAUAUGGGUUGUAUUUCAUCUUAAUUGGAUCUAGAACCCUUAUUAAUGGAUUCUAAUUGCAUCCAAUGUAGCUAGAUACAUAAUUUGGUACUCUAGUUCCUUCUAUCCUUAUCUACCGGCCUGCACUCAGUAUAAUGUAAAACAUCAGCUGUCGGUAGUCCUAACCGGAAUGACCUGAAUUCAAGAUUAAGUAAGCAUACAAGUUUGGUCACAAGUUUUGAGAGUAUCUCCAUAACAAAAUCAAUCUAGACAGAACAUUGAAAUUAGAAGUAUAAGUUUGGUCACAAGUUUUAUAAUUUUUUGUAUGUUGCUGCCUACAUCUGUUUGUGCAUUUAAGAUUUUGUUUCUAUACUGUAAAUGAAGUAUGAUAGUUAUUUGUAUAGAUGCUUUAAUAUUAAGUGAUCUUGUUUCACAACAUGUUUAAACAUAGACUAACUAUUCUAGAAAAUCUCAUAAUGUAUUGAGAAUGGGAUAUAUAUGUUGGUUGUAACUUAUAUAGGAGCUGCAAUGGAAAUGGAAAUUCCUCGACAUCGAACAUGGAUGUAUAAUAGGCUUCUCCCUGGUCGGAGCGGACAUACAUAUGAAUUUUUAAAAGGAGUUGAAGAGUUUAUAACCUUUGCUUGUCAACAAAGAGAGUAUUUGAAGGAUGGUGUAAUAAGAUGUCCAUGUAAGAAAUGCAAAAAUGAGGACCACCUCACCCCGGAUGAAGCAAACAUUCAUAUUCACAAACAUGGGUUUACACCGGAAUAUUGGAAUUGGACAUGCCAUGGAGAGAUAAUCCCUCACAUCAAUGAUAGCAACAAUGAUGAUAUAGAUAUGGUUGCACCUUGUAGUAGUAGUAGUCAACAGUGGAGUUAUGAACAUGUUCAUAGAUACCAAGACAUGGUGUUUGAUGCUGCCGGUUUUAAUCGCGAGCAACAUUUUGCACAACAUGAAGAGGAACCUCCAAACAUGGAAGCAAAAAAAUUUUAUGACAUGUUGAAUUCAACUCAGCAACCAUUGUGGUCGGGAUGUAAAAACACAACAGAGUUAUCUGCUUCUAUUAAGAUGUUGAAUUUAAAAUCUAAACACAACAUGUCACAAGCAUGUUUCGAUGAUAUGGUGAAGUUUAUGAAGGAAUCAAGCCACCCAGAGAAUGUAAUUCCCUCUAACUUUAGGGAAACUAAAAAACUUGUGGCUAGACUUGGUUUAUCAAGGAUAAAGAUAGAUUGUUGCAUUGGUGGGUGUAUGUUGUAUUACAAAGAGGACAUAAAUUUGAAGGAGUGCAAGUUUUGCAAUGAGCCUCGAUACAAAACAUGUAUUUUGCGUAAGCGUAAGCGAAACUCUAAAGAUGUUCCUCGCAAGAGAUUGCAUUACUUGCCUUUAAUCCCCCGCCUUCAAAGAUUGUAUGCUUCGGAAAGAUCUGCAAAGCAUAUGAGGUGGCACUAUGAAAAUCGUAGGGAAGAAGGUGUGUUAUGUCAUCCUUCAGAUGGGGAAGCUUGGAAACAUUUUGACCAAGUAUAUCCUGCAUUUGCUUCUGAACCUCGAAACGUUAGACUUGGUCUAUGUGCUGAUGGCUUCACCCCUUUUAGCCAAUCUGCAAAACCAUAUUCUUGUUGGCCAGUAAUUGUCACACCAUAUAACCUACCUCCUGAGCUAUGCAUGAUGAUGCCUUAUAUGUACUUGACCUUGAUCAUUCCAGGUCCAGACAAUCCAAAAGGUAAAAUUGAUGUGUAUUUGCAACCGUUGAUAGAUGAAUUGCAACAAUUGUGGAAUGAUGGUGUAGUAACAUAUGAUUCAUCAAAGAGGCAAAAUUUUCGAUUGAGAGCUGCACUAAUAUGGACAAUAAAUGAUUUUCCUGCCUAUGGGAUGUUGUCAGGGUGGAGUACUUCAGGAAUAUUUGCUUGUCCAGUAUGCAAGGGAAGUUUAAAAGCUUUCUCAUUGAAAAAAGGAAGAAAGAGAUCUUGGUUUGAUUGCCACCGUCGAUUUUUACCUCAUGAUCACGCUUUUAGAAGAAAUAAGGUUGCGUUUUACAAAAAUAGAAUUGAGACAAGGGAGCCUCCUCCAAGGUUAAGUGGCGAACAAGUGUGGAAAAAGGUUUCCGGGCUUCCUAAGGUAACUAACACACGAAAAUGCAUUGUUGAUGGCCGUGGAAUUUCACACAAUUGGACCAAAAGAAGCAUAUUUUGGGAUUUGCCUUAUUGGAGACACAACUUAUUGAGGCACAAUCUUGAUGUCAUGCAUAUAGAGAAAAAUGUAUUUGAAAAUGUUUUUCAUACUGUUAUGAACAACAAAGAGAAAACUAAGGACAACGAAAACGCAAGGUUGGACUUGGAAAAGUAUUGUCAUAGAAAAGAGUUGUUGUUGAAAAAAAAGCCUAAUGGGAACUAUAUGAAACCCAAAGCCAAAUAUUGUUUGACGAAUGAACAGAAAAUUGAUGUGUGCGAAUGGGUGAAAGGAUUGAAGAUGCCUGACGGUUAUGCUUCCAAUUUGGGUAGAUGUGUAGAUUCAAAGCAAAAAAAGCUCUUUGGUAUGAAAAGCCAUGAUUGCCAUAUUUUUAUGGAAUGUCUACUUCCAAUAGCAUUUAGUGCUCUCCCCGAACCAAUAUGGAAGACCUUAACUGAGCUUAGUCAAUUUUUUAGAGACUUGUGUUCAACCGUGUUAUGAGAAGAUCAUUUAUUACAAAUGGAAAAAAACAUUCCUUUGAUAUUAUGUAAGAUGGAGCGUAUAUUUCCACCUGCAUUGUUUGACUCUAUGGAGCACUUGCCAAUUCAUUUGGCUGAUGAAGCUAAGAUGGGCGAACCGGUUCAAUAUCGUUGGAUGUAUCCGUUUGAAAGAUUUUUAAACAAAAUUAAAAAAACAGUCAAAAACAAAAGAAACGUGGAAGGGUGUAUUUGUGAAGCAUAUUUGGUGCAAGAGACAUCCUAUUUCAGUUCCCAUUAUUUUCUAUCUCAUGAGGAAAACAAGGGGAUUC